AUGGUUUGUGUUGCCAUCAAGGGGAAGCCUGUUAUUGGCGUCAUAUAUAAUCCGUUCACAUCAAAUACGGUUUGGGCUUGGAUUGGGCACGGUCGGUCAAAAGAUCUAAUCAGUUACGCUAAAUUGGGAAGGAAAUCAACGCCACUAGACGUAACGGUGUCACGAUCACAUGCUGGUAAAGUAAAUGCGAUUAUCAAAACAACAUUUGGUCAAGACGUUCGUAUUACUCCCGCUGGCGGCGCUGGUUAUAAAACCUUAUCAAUCGCAAAGAAUAUUGCUGAUUUAUAUAUCCAUUCAACUAAAAUUAAAAAAUGGGAUAUUUGUGCAGGUAAUGCCAUUUUAAGGUCUUUAGGUGGUAAAAUGACUUCUUUUAGUGGCAACCAAAUUGAUUAUAGCCAAGCUGACACUCCUGUUCACGAUGGUGGCAUCGUCGCAUCAUUACCAAUCAACGAAUACAGCCAUGAAAAAUUUGUCUCAGCUUCUGGAAGACUACUCGAUCUUGUUUAG